AUGGCUAAAAAUUUGGCAUUGUAUGGAAAGGCCACACAAUCAGACCUAAUUGAAAACCCAUGGUCAGCGCACAGUGAUGCCCACAAUGCCAUAGAUGGAAAUCGUGACCCACAUUUUUUUCAUGGAUCCUGCACUGCUACUGAUAGACAAUCGUAUCCCUGGUGGAGGGUUGAUCUUUUGAGCCCGUACAUAAUCACCUCUGUCGUCAUCACCAACAGAGGAGACAUCUGGCCUGAGAGACUCAAUGGAGCUGAGAUUCGUAUCGGCAACUCCCUGCUGGAAAAUGGCAAUAACAAUCCAUUGUGUGCAGUGAUCUCCUCUAUUCCUGCUAGGUUCUCUGAGACCUUUGAGUGUCAUGGGAUGGAGGGACGCUAUGUUACCGUGGUGAUUCCUAGACGUGCAGAGUAUCUAACACUCUGUGAAGUGGAGGUAUAUGGAUCACCACUGGAUUAA